GAAGCGAUAGCCUGAUGAAGGACGGUGCGCUCUUAGCUCGACCGUCUGCACAUCUGGUACCCCUUCAGCUCUGCGCAUAACCCCCACCGCCCCCGGUUUCGCGCUUUCCAGUCUGUCCUCGCACCUGAAACGCAGCUUCCCCUUCUCGGCUCGCGCGUCUCCGCGGACGAAGCCGUGCACGGUGAACCGUGUCGCGCGCUUCAGUCGGUCCUUUGCAAAUGGAACAGGCGGCGCAGCGUUAAGAUGCAACGGAGCUAAAGCGCCCGAGAGCUCGGGCUGCUGUACAACUACUGCCGUCCUGCUUGCUUCCACGUUUGGAAUAUAUUUUAUUUUGCCUUCACCCCUGACGCCCAGAGCGGCGGCUGUUCGUGAGACAGCUGGUUUCCAUGAAAAGUUCUACAGCCUUCUUUCGUUUCUGUCUUCUAAAACGAAUCCCUAUGUGAGCUGACAAUAACAGAAAAACACAGAUGGAACACCAGCAUGCAAUUGAAUCAGGAAUUGAAGUUUUCUGAAAUAUAAGCAGUACAGUGGCAAAGAAGUUAUCAUCUCUCCUUCACAGAUCCUGAAAUUUAGGGUCAAGGCCUGGCCUUGUUACUAAACAGGAGGAGGAGUGUUGCUCAGGGAAGCACAUACCCAUAGGACUGAAAGUUUCCAGUUUGAAAGUGGUCAGGUACUUUAAAUUGUGGAGCUGCAGUAACACAAAGGACAGAAAACAGGCAAAGAAUGUCCAUGGGAAAUUUUUCAUUGGCAUUGAGUGAUCCGUGGAAACAGUCAUCUUAACAAGUACAGGGGCAACUCACACCAUCUGGCAUUCAGAGCUUAAUGUGCAGCUAUGGGAUCCUGCCUGUAACAACAAGUCGCUUCAGUCUGCCGGCACCAGCAGCUUAUCAGUGCCAGCAGUGAGUGGAUGCUCCGAUGAGAGCACAGGGCAGCUGAGACAAGAAACUGACGGAUCUACCAUGGCUGGUGCAGAAGAAGGCUUGGGAAGUGUAGGAGCAGAUCGCACCCAUAUUAGCGUUCCUGUUACAGAUCCCACUGCUUGGGCCACUGCUGUGAACCUCGGUAUCGUCCCCAUGGGCCUAACUGGACAGCAACUUGUCUCAGAUUCAAUAUGCAUCCCUCGUUUUGACCAUGGCCUUGGAAUAAUGACUGGAAUCACCCCAAUCAACCCAAUGAUGGCUGGUAUCAGCUUAGUGCCACCACCACCUGUACCGACAGAGCUUUCAGCAAGUAAAGAAAUCAUUCAUUGCAACAGCUGCACACUGUUUCCACAGAACCCAAAUUUGCCUCCGCCAUCUACAAGAGAAAGGCCUCCAGGAUGUAAAACGGUAUUUGUUGGAGGAUUGCCGGAAAAUGCUACAGAGGAAAUCAUUCGAGAAGUAUUCAAUCAGUGUGGGGAAAUUACUGCCAUUAGAAAAAGUAAAAAAAAUUUCUGUCAUAUUCGUUUUACAGAGGAAUUCAUGGUUGAUAAAGCUAUCUACUUGUCAGGGUACCGUAUGCGGAUUGGAUCAAGUACAGACAAAAAAGACUCAGGACGCCUUCAUGUUGACUUUGCUCAAGCCAGAGAUGACUUCUAUGAGUGGGAAUGCAAGCAAAGGCUUUUAGCAAGGGAAGAACGACAUAGGAGGAAAAUAGAAGAAGAAAGGCUACGACCUCCCUCUCCACCACCUAUAAUGCAUUUUUCAGAUCAUGAAGCUGGCUUACUAGCAGAAAAACUGAAAGAUGACAGUAAAUUCACAGAAGCAGUCGGGGUGUUACUCACCUGGAUUGACCGGGGGGAAGUAAACCGCCGUUCUGCAAACCACUUCUAUUCAAUGGUCCAACUGGCAAACAGCCAUGUCCGCAGACUCAUGAAUGAGAAAGCAGCGCAUGAAGAGGAAAUGGAGCUUGCCAAGGAGAAGUUCAAAAAUGCGCUGUCUGGAAUCUUAACACAAUUUGAGCAGAUUGUGGCUGUUUUCAACGCUGCUACCAGGCAAAAGGCAUGGGACCAUUUCUCAAAAGCACAGCGCAAGAACAUAGACAUUUGGCGAAAGCAGUGUGAGGAACUGCGGAAUGCCCACAGUGAAGAAUUAAUGGGAAUACGGAGAGAGGAGGAAAUGGAAAUGUCAGAUGAUGAUUCUGAAGAAAGCCCAAGUAAAAAAAUAAGAACUGAAGACUCAGCUCUUGCUGUACAAGCAUAUGCCUUGAAAGAAGAGAAUGAUAGCCUCAGGUGGCAGCUGGAUGCCUACAGAAAUGAAGUGGAGCUUCUUAAACAGGAGCAAGGGAAAAUGUUCAGGACUGAAGAAGACCAGGCCAAGGACCAGCAACUCCAUUUUCUACAGCAGACAGUUCAAAGCAUGCAACAGCAACUGUUGGAUUUACAAGAAGACCUGAAAAGAAAAGAGUUGGAGAUGAAAAAGACAAAAGAAGAGAAAUGCUGUAUAGAAAUGCAGCUCAGAGCUGUUAAAGAAAAGGUACUAAGCAACGGUGACACCAUGGAGAAAAAUACCCACGAGGUACUUUCAGAAGGAAUCAAUGGAUGCACAGUACCAGUAUAUCAUCAGGACAAGCAAGUAAAUUCCGAGAGGCACUUCCAAGGACCCCUAAAAUCUGAGAAAGAAGCCCUUUUAUUGGGAAUUAUAUCAACAUUUCUACAUGUUCAUCCAUUUGGUGCCAACAUUGAAUAUCUUUGGUCUUAUAUACAAAGACUGGAUACAAAAAUCUCUGCAGGUGAGAUAGAAAGACUCAUGGUAAGACUUCCUCGAAUGUUCAAACAAGAAUUUACAGGUGUUGGGGCAACUCUGGAGAAAAGGUGGAAGUUCUGUGGUUUUGAAGGAAUUAACACCAUCUGACCAGGAUAAUGAAUAGUCUUGUUUUACAGAAAUGCAGUGCUGCACAACAGCAGGUUUAUGUACUUUCUUAGUGAGAAAUAUGGCUAUUGCACAGAGCGGUACAUUUGCUGCACUAUUCAAGUCUGGUUUUUAAUUACAUCUAUCUUGUUCCUUGUGAGUGAAGAGGUAGUUGUGCAGCAGUUACUAAAACUCUCUGUGUUGAAUUGUGACAGAUCAAUUUACUUGAAAAAUAAUUCCAGACUUACAGGGCUGGUUGAGUAAGAUAAUUGUUUGCUGGGGAAUAGUCUCAGGCACACUGAUAGAAAUGGAAAAUAUACAGCAAGUUAGCCUCCAACAUAACUCCCUGUUGCUAGUUUACUGCAGACUGAGCAGUCAAAUGAUCGUUCCCUUUUUUUCAGUUUCUGUCCAGUAUAACAAGGAUUUUGAUACCAGGACCUUAAAAGCUUUAUACACUUUCCCGGUUUAAACUCUACUAAAAUGAAGCAUUUGAAAAAAAGAUGUAGAAAAUCUCACUCUGGUAAACACUGUAUUUCUCCAGGAAGGAUACUUUUUUGUUUUCUUUAGGGUUUAGAGGAAUAUAUCUAAGUAAAGUUUUCUGUAAUUAUUUUUCUUGUACUUAUGUGUACUGUACAUGCUGGUUUGUGUAAAAGGCUCAUAAAUGUUAAAUACUAUUACUUGUAUAAAUUAUUUUUUAUUGAAUAAAG